CUCGAGCGUUUCCCGCCUACACUGUACUCCCAGGCACACCUCUUCACGACGUUGCCAUGGAGGGUCACUAUGUCAACGUGCACGGCCUUAACAUCUCUCACAGCCCGCUCCUGGGACCCGCCAUGUCUAUCGACAGGCUCUUUCCCGCGCUUCUCGAGUGUUUCGGGAUCAUCUUGUGCGGCUACGCGGCCGGCCGCAGCGGCAUCAUUAACGUGGGCCACGCCAGGGGACUGGGGAGUUUCGUGUCCUCUUUCGCCCUCCCCGCCCUUCUCUUCAAAAACAUGGUGCAGCUGCAGUUCGGCGACGUGAUCUGGUCGUUCUUGUGGAGCGUGCUGUUUGCUAAAGUGUUCGUGUUCGUUCUGGUGUGCGUCCUCACUCUGCUGGUCGCUAGUCCGGAGAGUCGGUUUAGCAAAGCUGGGCUGUUCGCCAUAUUCGCCACUCAGAGCAAUGACUUCGCUCUGGGCUAUCCUAUAGUGGAUGCUCUCUACAGGAGUUCAUACCCACAGUACUUACAGUACAUAUACCUGGUUGCUCCAGUCUCUCUCAUGCUGUUGAACCCUGUGGGUUUUGCACUGUGUGAGGUACAACGCUGGAGACAGACCACUGACCACAACCACAGUAAACUGCAUGUCACUGCCAAAGUCAUACUGCAGGUCCUUAAAAACCCAAUCGUAUUCAUGGUCAUGGUGGGAAUUGCCUCUCAUUUCCUGCUUGGUGGGCGUGUCCCUGCGUUGCUAGGGGAAUUUGUGGACGGAUUGGCUAAUUCAUUCGGAGGGGCGGCGCUCUUUUACCUGGGACUCUCCAUGGUUGGUCAGCUCCGUAAACUCACCCGCUCUGCUGGCGUGGCCCUCAUCCUACUCAUCACUGCCAAACUGCUGGUGUUGCCACUGAUGUGUAAAGACAUGGUGGAGAUCCUGGACACUGGUAACUCAGCCAAUCAUUCCAGUCUGUCAGACUAUGCUUUCCUCUACGGAGUUUUCCCCACUGCUCCCAGUGUGGCUAUCUAUGCUGCCCAGUAUAACAUGGAACUGGAGGUGGUGACCUCUGGUAUGGUCAUCAGCACUUUCCUGUCCGCGCCCAUCAUGUACGUGUCAGCAUGGUUACUGACCAUCCCCUGGAUGGAGGCCGUUCCACUCGUCGCUGAGCUUCAGAACGUCAGCUUCAACAUCAGCAUCAUCAGCCUCAUCGGCCUGGUCUGGACUAUUGCGGUUAUGUUGCUUAGCAAGAAAUUCCGGAAGCUGCCUCACUUAUUUUCUACAAACCUGUUCUUCGCACAGCUGUCGGUGUGUGUGUGUAUGAUCUUGUGGAAGUUUGUGGUUCGACAGGAGAAUGUCCUGGCCCAGAUCCUCACCUUUACUCUGCUCUAUGGGUCACUGUACAGCACCUAUCUGUGGACAGGUCUGCUGGCUUUCUCUCUGGCUUUACUGAAGAAGAACGAGCAGCUGAAGGUUCCGCCUCUUGUGUUCAUCAUCUUAGGCUGGGGUAUCCCGUUCCUGAUUGUGGGCGUGUUGCUGGUGACAGGACAGAGGAUGAGCGACUCCCCUGACUCCGCCUUCUUCUACGGCAAAAGACAGAUUGUGUGUAGUGUGGUGGUGCUGUGCUGUAGUUUAGUGCUGGCUGGGCUGUCUUUAAUGGGCCUUGGUCGUGGAUCCCAGGAGGAGCAGAGUUAUCAGGCCCUAGGACAGAGCUCCCUGUCAGGCACAGACGAGGACCUGAGGCCCCCCAGCCAUCUGGAGAACCAGACGUCAGAGGAGGCCGGGACAACGCGGCAUACCGGCAGCAACAGAGAUGGACAUUGGAGUGAACCAGAAAUGAUCAUCAACCAUUUGCAUGACAGCACAGAUUCAUUACAAGGCCAGGGGGUGGCGCUGACUGAAGCAUCCAGUUCUGUAAGGUCACAUGAGGAGAGACAGGUGCCACGGCAUGUUCUUCUGUGUCUGCUGCUCAUCGUCAGUCUUCUCGCAAACUUGUCGAGUUGUCUGUGGUGGCUGUUAAACACGGAUCCCGGGCGACUGUACCUGGAGCUGCAGUUCUUCUGUGCCGUGGCAAACUAUGGACAGGGUUUUAUCUCCUUUGGGCUGUUUGGGCUGGAUGAGCAUCUGAUCAUCGUACCCUUUAAAAAGAGACUGGCCUCUCUGUGGGGUGGUGCUGAGGUAAACAACCCCAGCUCUGCAGCAGUCACAGAGGAAGUUCGUCUCACGUGCACUCACUUUGUCCGUUACCACAAAGACCAGUGUGUGCAGGACAUCAUCCACAGGAGAAGGUGCGCCGAUUGUUUUAUGGGCAGCAUGCUGCUCGGUGUGGGGGCGUGGCCGGCGAUAGAGGUGCGGCCAUACCCUAUGGCGCUGCGGGAGGGUGGGAAGGCAGACUCUCACCGCCCUCCGCAGUCGUUUCUUCGGUUUCUUUAGCGACGCUCUGCUGUGACGACUCUACAUGUGCAAAGUCACUGUUUGUCAUAUGACCCAGCGUUCAGAACGGCCGAAGAAUCGACUGCUGACGCCACAUGUAACCUGAACCGAUGUGAACUGAACUCUUGAAACUCUGUGUUCAUAAUUGGGUUUUGUUCUACUGAUUUUUUUUUUUGCAUGGCAUGCAGGAAGAACGAGCAGAUAUGCACGCGCAAAUCCUUCGGUUUUCUGAAAUUUUCGACAUGUCCAGGUCUUAUGCAGAGGCUGCCGCUGUUUUUUUUUACACAGUGUUGUGAUAAAACUGAGACUGAAUGUUAAUGUUCUCUCAUCGUCCAUGGAAAGUGUG